CCCUCCCCCUUGCCGCCCUUAUUCUAAGCAGCCCUCAGCCCUCAAUCCUCCCCGGAACCCGCGAGCGCGUGGCUGCUGUUCCAGUCGGAAUUAUUGGCGUUGCUAGCUGACAUGGCUGCGCCCGUACUAAGAGGUGUUCGGAAGCUGCUGAAGCUCGUGGACUUCACGCCGGUCCCGCGGAGACAUCGAUAUAAGAAGAAAUGGGCUACCUCAGAACCACAAGUCACUGCCAGUCGGCUUGCUCUGCAGAAUUUUGACAUGACCUACAGUGUACAGUUUGGGGAUCUUUGGCCAUCAAUCCGUGUUAGCCUUCUCUCGGAGCAGAAGUAUGGUGCAUUGGUCAAUAAUUUUGCUGCUUGGGAUAGUGUGAGUGCUAAGCUGGAGCAGCUGAGUGCCAAGGACUUUGUCAGCGAAGCCAUCUCUCGCCAGAAACUAGAGUCUGAGAGUGGCCUCUCUCCAACUCCAUCCCUGGACUGCAGCCCAAACCUUCGAUGCUUUACCUUUUCCAGAGGGGACGUCAGCCGCUUUCCUCCUGCCAGACUUGGCAGCCUGGGUCUCAUGGACUACUACCUGAUGGAUGCUGCCUCCUUGCUACCUGUCCUGGCUCUUGGUCUGCAGCAUGGAGACAUUGUGCUUGACCUGUGUGCUGCUCCUGGGGGAAAAACACUGGCAUUACUUCAGACGGGCUGUUGCCGUAAUCUAGCUGCCAACGAUCUCUCCACUUCACGAAUAGGCAGACUACAGAAGGUCCUUCACAGUUACGUGCCUCAAGAUAUUAGGGAAGGGAACCAAAUUCGAGUUACCUCCUGGGAUGGCAGGAAGUGGGGAGAACUGGAAGGGGACACCUAUGAUAGGGUAUUGGUAGAUGUGCCGUGUACCACGGAUCGCCAUUCCCUUCAUGAGGAAGAGAACAACAUCUUUCAGCGGUCCAGGAAGAAGGAGCGACAGAUGUUGCCUAUGCUGCAGGUGCAGCUUCUUGCGGCUGGACUCCUUGCCACCAGACCAGGAGGUCACGUUGUCUAUUCCACGUGCUCACUGUCACACUUACAGAAUGAGUAUGUGGUGCAUGGUGCCAUUGAGCUCCUGGCCAACCAAUACAACAUCACGGUUCAAGUGGAAGACCUGUCUCACUUCCGAAAGCUGUUCAUGGACACCUUCUGCUUCUUCCCGUCCUGCCAGGUUGGGGAGCUGGUAAUACCAAACCUCAUGGCCAAUUUUGGACCUAUGUACUUCUGCAGAUUGCAUAGGCUGCCAUAGUGUCACCCUGUCCCUGGAGUAGGAAGGUGAUGACUCCGUUGGAGGCAUUGAAUCUGAGGCUAGUGGCAGGUGUGUCCCAAGGCCUGUCUCCAUCCAUUACAUCUAAAGAUAGUUGUAAACAGCAGGAAGUAGGGACUGCUGCCCAGCCAUGGAUUAUCAGCAGGUUUCUAACUCAGACUGUCACUUCUAGCUCUGAGCCUCUACUAAGGCCCCUGCUCCACUAGGGAUUAAGACAGACUCUGUGAAUAAGCCCAUAGUUUAAGCUGUAAACCUGGGAAGAAAUAUUUAGCCAAUAAAGUUGUUGAAGUGCUCUAAGGGUGGACCUGCAGUUGGGGACAUCACAUCAGUCUAAGUUCUGUUAUGUUUAUGUGUCAGCUGAAGCUGUCAAGCACUCUCUCCAAAGUGCCCAACCCAGGCCUCCAGUCCUCCCACGUUGGUGAGUACCAUUUAAUCAGCCCACGGGCCACCAGCCGCCCCAAGUGUCUCCAUAUGGCAUAUGAUCUAAUUUAAGGAAUAAGUAACUGAAACGGUUCAGCCCGGGGCUGAUGAUCCUCUUACAGAGGAAGCUUUCCUAAGCCGAAUGCUUCUGGCUCUCCUUCAGAUGCGACUGCAAAAGCUGCUUCUGGUACAGAUUGGUUUUGUAUGUUUCUUCCUUUAUUUCUUCAUAUAACAGCAGGUGUUCUGUGAAUUCCUGUAUGACAGCUAUGGAGCUGUUAGAGAGGUGGUUGGUUGGCUGGGACUGUGGGAAAUAGUUGGCUCUCCUCAGCUUCAGAAUGGCAACCUACUUCUUUUCACUCUCCAAGUACCUAGGAAUCUCCUGACUUUUUUUUGUUUUUUUGUUUGUUUGUUUUUUGGAUUUGGGUUUUUUUUUUUUUU